GGGACGAGCAUCUGUUCGUUUAUCUGUUGCAGGGGACCGGGGUCGCUGCUGCUCCCGUGUCACCWGAGCCGUGUCCUUUCCAUGAGGACGAGGAUGCUCCGCAAGGUUUGUGUUCACCAUGUUAGAUCGUGCAGCAGCAUUCRGUUUAUAAAAUCAAAAUAUGUGUGCCUGUUUGACAAAUCCGCUCUGAAGUUUAGUCAUCAUCAGCGAUUAUUCAGAACAUCUCCUGUUUCAUGCGGCCAAAUUGUUCAGUUUAAGCUUUCCGACAUUGGAGAAGGGAUUACAGAGGUGACUGUGAAAGAAUGGUAUAUAAAAGAAGGUGAUAGUGUGUCUCAAUUUGAUAGCAUCUGUGAAGUACAAAGUGAUAAAGCUUCAGUAACUAUUACUAGUCGUUACGAUGGCAUCAUUAGAAAACUCCAUUACAAUUUAGAUGAAAUUGCUUAUGUUGGAAAACCAUUAGUGGACAUUGAAAUUGAUGCUUCAAAAGAUGUUGCUCCAGAAGAAGAUGUUGUUGAAACACCUGCUAUGUCUCAUGAAGAACAUACACACCAAGAGAUAAAAGGUCACAAAACAUUGGCAACUCCUGCUGUUCGUCGUCUUGCAAUGGAAAAUAAUAUUAAAUUGAGUGAAGUUGUUGGGACAGGCAAAGAUAAUAGAAUCCUUAAGGAAGACAUACUCAAUUAUUUGGCCAAACAGACAGGAGCUAUUUUACCUCCAUCACCAAAAGCUGAAAUUAUCCCUCCUUUGCCAAAAUCUGAGGGAGGUCCUGCUGCUCUAAAGGAGCGUAAAAUUCCUCUACCUAUUUCCCGACCCAUUGCCUUUUCAGGAAAAGAUAAAACAGAAGCUGUAACAGGUUUUCAGAAGGCAAUGGUAAAGACUAUGAGUGCAGCCUUAAAGAUUCCUCACUUUGGUUAUUGUGAUGAGAUUGAUUUGACUCAGCUUGUUCAGUUGCGAGAAGAGCUGAAACCUCUAGCACAAACUCGUGGAGUUAAGCUUUCCUUCAUGCCCUUCUUCAUCAAGGCAGCUUCUCUGGGAUUAUUGCAGUAUCCUAUUCUUAAUGCUUCUCUGGACGAAAGCUGUCAAAAUAUUACAUACAAGGCUUCGCACAACAUUGGAGUUGCUAUGGACACGGAGCAAGGUUUAAUUGUCCCAAAUGUGAAAAAUGUCCAAGUCUGUAGUGUAUUUGAGAUUGCAACUGAAUUAAAUCGCCUACAGUCCCUGGGCUCUGCAGGCCAACUGGGAACAAAUGACCUUACUGGGGGAACAUUCACCCUGUCAAAUAUUGGCACAAUUGGUGGCACUUACACUAAACCAGUGAUACUACCUCCUGAAGUAGCUAUUGGAGCACUUGGAAAGAUACAGGUUCUUCCUAGGUUUAAUGGAAAAGGUGAAAUAUAUAAAGCACAGAUAAUGAAUGUGAGUUGGUCAGCUGAUCAUCGCAUUAUUGAUGGAGCUACAAUGGCCCGGUUUUCUAACUUGUGGAAAUCUUAUUUGGAGAACCCUGCUUCAAUGCUGCUAGACCUUAAAUAAAGGAAAUUAUGGCUAGAAUAUGACUUAAAAACUUUGUGAAUUAGACUGAAUAAAAGCAGGCUUUGCUAGCCUGUUGCUACUCACAUUAUAUAAUUACUUUAUGCGGUUUUAAAAAGUUCUCAGCAACUGAUACCAGUCUAUCAAUUAACUGUUA